AUGUCUCUUGUGAAUCAAAAUAAAGAAAACCGUGUACUACGGAAAGCUCGUUCUUCGAAGGAUUUAGUAGAUUUUUCUAGAAUUGGUGGACUGGAUCACCAUCUGAAAACCUUACGCGAAGUGGUUAUAUUCCCACUUCUACACGGCAAUAUAUUUACACAUUUCAAAAUUAAAGCCCCCAGAGGAGUUCUCUUCUACGGCCCUCCAGGAACUGGUAAAACUUUGGUAGCAGGAGCUUUAGUUGCCGAACUCAAUAAAGAAGGCAUCGGAAAAGUCUCGUUUUUCCAAAGAAAAGGAGCCGACGUUCUCGAUAAAUGGGUAGGAGAAUCCGAGAAAAAUUUGAGAAACUUAUUCGAAAAGGCGACCAAGAGCAGACCGUCCGUUAUAUUCUUUGACGAAUUGGACGGAUUAGCUCCAACAAGAACCGAUAAAAAUGAUCAUAUCCAUGCUAGCGUUGUGGCCACUCUAUUAUCCUUAAUGGACGGUUUGGAUUCCAAGCCUGGUGUUAUAGUUAUUGGAGCUACCAAUCGCAUCGAAGCCAUCGACCCGGCUUUACGUCGGAAAGGGAGAUUCGAUAAAGAACUUUAUUUUCCACUACCCGGAGUCGAAGCCAGAAAAGAAAUAAUCCAAGUCCACGUAAACAACUGGAAACAGAAACCUACACAGAAAUUUAUAACGAAAUUAGCGGAUUUAAUACCUGGAUUCUGCGGAUCUGAUAUACAAGCUUUAUGCUCAGAAGCUGUACUGUGUUGUUUAAAAAGGGUUUAUCCCACCAUCGAUAAAAAAGGAUUCAAUAUCAAAAUAGAAAUGGAUGCCUUGAAGGUUGACGAAUGCGAUUUUCUACAAGCAAGACUGAAUUUGAUACCGUCAUCAAUGAAACAAGGUUUAAACAUCCGAAAUUUGAGUUCAAUCAUCGAACCUUUAUUGAAAAGACAACAUAAUAGAAUUAUUAAAUAUAUCAAAAUAUUGUGGCCCCAUUUUCUACAAGAAGGAUAUAAAUUUACGAUUGGCGAAAAACGGUAUGCGGGUAGAAUUUUACUGAUUGGUAAGAAUAUGCAAGGCUUGAACACUCAUCUGGUUCCUUCUUUGCUGAAGAACUUGGAACAUCUACCAUCAUUUGUUUACGAUACCAGAGAAUUGAAAACUAAUUUUAUAAACGUUCAAGUACAUUAUCCAGCGAUUAUUCUCCUUUCAAGAGUUGACGAAUGGUGGGAUUUCAUUGACGAAUGCCAACAACACACUAUAGUUUCUACUUUAGAGGAAAUCCACGCGGGUUUGCCAAUUUUAACCAUGGCAACCUGCAGGGUCGACGUACCCAAACCGCUACAUAAUUUUUUUUAUAAUAACAGCACUGUGCUUGUGAAAAUCGAAAAUCCCAAUCAGAAAGAACGCGAAGAUUUCUUGGCGCCGUUAUUUUUCGAUGAGGAAAAUUCAAGUCUCUAUUCUGUUUGGGAAAAUUCAAGAAAUUCCGAAACGAAAAUUAUCAAGUGUGAAAAAGAUGUCGAAGUUCAAGAAAACGGUAGGAAAAGAAAAAAGAAAACAAAAAUCGACGAGGAAUGCGAAAAAUUAGGUUUGGGAUAUUUAUCAGAUUCGUAUAGAACUCCCGAUAGUACACCAAGAAGUAAAAGAAAGAAGAGAGAUCGUUCAAAUCAUUCCACUAGCAAAAAUUUUAACAAAACGAAUAAAUCUUAUAUCACCAUAACCUCAAACAGCGAUACCAGUCUACAAGACUUGCAUAAAAGAUUAAAAAGACAAAACAACAACCCAAUCAGUAUAUCGUCUUCGAGAGAAUCUUUGAAAAAUAAACAAUAUUUUACAAGAGUUUUAUCGGAUCUAUUGAAUCAAAGAAGUUUGGGAGUACGCGUAAAUUCAAGUGAAACAAACAUGGAUAUGUAUUUUUACGAUACUGUAGAAGAUAUGAAACAAACGAUUAAUUAUAAAUCGUCGAAUUAUACGAUAAGUAGCGGAGAAACGGACAGAUUCAAAAUUUAUAAUUUAUGGAAACACGCAGCUCGCGUGACAGCCAAUAACAUGGCCGUAGCUCAACUGGAACUGAUGUACGAUGUCAUUUCAACGUGUAUCGGAAUCCAUCAACAUUCCAUAGACUCCCUUAUCGAGAAUUUGGGAAACGUAUUGAGGCAGAUAGAAAACUCGUACCGCGUUUCGACAGAAGCUGUUUAA